AUGAGUAUGGUUCACUGCAAUGGAGAUCCAGGGAGCCACAGUAAUGAUAGGUGGAAUCAUGAAGAUAAUGGAGAGAACAAUGCUAAUGAAGUUUUGAACACAGAAACACACCCAGGCAAUCAACACCAACUGACCCCAUUUGAGAAACUUAUAUUAGAUAUGUCCCAAAGUGAAAAAAUAGUAAAAGAAUUAACUCUGGGAAAGAGGAUUGGGUUUUACAGUAUUAGAGGUAAAAUUGGAAGUGGGAACUUCUCCCAAGUGAAACUUGGAAUACAUACUCUGACAAAAGAAAAAGUAGCCAUUAAGAUCCUGGAUAAAAGUAAAUUAGACUACAAUACCAAGAAGCUCCUCUCUUCUGAGAUUUCGAGCAUGGAGAAGCUGCACCAUCCAAACAUUAUCAGGCUUUAUGAGGUCAUGGAGACCUUCUCCAAACUGUACCUGGUCAUGGAGUAUGCUAAUGGAGGAGAGCUCUUUGCUAAAAUCAUCUUAGAUGGGAAGUUAUCGGAAGAAAAAAGCAAGCACGUUUUUGCUCAGAUUGUGUCGGCCGUUAAACACCUGCAUGAGAACAACAUAAUUCACCGGGACCUGAAAGCCGAAAACAUCUUUUACGCCAGUAACACGUGUGUGAAGGUGGGAGAUUUUGGAUUCAGCACAGUAAGUCAAAAAGAGGAACCCUUGAACACCUUCUGUGGUUCUCCUCCUUAUGCCGCCCCGGAACUUUUCAGAGAUGAAAAUUACAUUGGGGUUUAUGUGGAUAUCUGGGCCCUAGGAAUCCUCCUGUAUUUUAUGACCACGGGGUUCAUGCCAUUCCAAGCAGACACGGUGGCCAAGCUAAAAAAGUACAUUCUUGGUGGGAUAUAUAGCGUGCCACCAUUCCUGUCUGAACCUUGCCAGAGACUGAUUUGGGCGAUCCUACAACCAGUUCCGUCAGAACGCUGGUCCAUCGACAAAAUUAUGAACAGUGAAUGGAUGAAUGGUGUGCAGUAUCCCAAACCCUUGGAACCCUUUAAGUUGGAUCCCAGGUUUUUGUCAGAGGACAAAACUCUCCAGAAGGAAGAGGCUGAGGUAAAAAUCAUUUUGAACCAUUUGGGAAUCACAGAAAAGCACAUUCAGAAUAACCACGGGACAGAUUACUAUACCUCAGUAACGGGGACGUACAGAAUUGUUCUUCACCGAGUGCAGAGAAAACAGGCCAUGGAAAUUGUCCCUCUUGUCAGCCAACCUGAACUCACGAAAGAAAGGUCAAAGAAAAAUCUGUGUUCCUAUCAGGGCCACAAAUAUUCAUCAAAACUCUGUUUGAUUUUAUAA